CUGGGCCCUCCUCCGGACCUGCCCUGGGCUCAUGCCCCGCCUAACCUAAAGUAGGUGAAAGGUCGGCGGCACCCGUGCUGCAGCUAGGGCGGUGGAGCAAGACCGCCGGGAACUGACAGGCAGACUGACUGACGGACUGACCAUGGCAGACGAGCCGAAGACUAUCAGCCCGCUCAAGAACUUUCUGGCCGGCGGCUUUGGCGGCGUGUGCCUGGUGUUCGUGGGGCACCCUCUGGACACCGUCAAGGUCCGACUGCAGACACAGCCACCAAGUUUGCCUGGGCAGCCACCGAUGUACUCUGGGACCAUUGACUGUUUCCGAAAGACUAUUAUUAGGGAGGGCAUCACAGGUCUAUACCGGGGCAUGGCUGCCCCUAUCAUCGGGGUCACCCCUAUGUUUGCUGUAUGCUUCUUUGGGUUUGGUUUGGGGAAGAAACUACAACAGAAAUCCCCAGAGGAUGUGCUCAGCUAUCCUCAAUUAUUUGCAGCUGGGAUGUUAUCUGGUGUGUUCACCACAGGUAUUAUGACCCCUGGAGAACGGAUCAAGUGCUUAUUACAGAUUCAGGCUUCUUCAGGGGAAACCAAAUACACUGGUACCUUGGACUGUGCAAAGAAGCUAUACCAGGAGUUUGGGAUCCGAGGCAUCUACAAAGGGACUGUGCUUACCCUCAUGCGAGAUGUUCCAGCCAGUGGAAUGUAUUUCAUGACAUAUGAGUGGCUGAAAAACAUUUUCACUCCAGAGGGAAAGAGUGUCAGUGAACUCAGUGCACCUCGGAUCCUGGUAGCUGGGGGCAUUGCAGGGAUCUUCAACUGGGCUGUGGCAAUCCCCCCAGAUGUGCUCAAGUCCCGCUUCCAGACUGCACCUCCAGGAAAAUAUCCUAAUGGUUUCAGAGAUGUGCUGAGAGAGCUGAUCCGGGAUGAAGGAAUCACAUCCUUGUACAAAGGAUUCAAUGCAGUGAUGAUCCGAGCCUUCCCAGCCAAUGCAGCUUGUUUCCUUGGCUUUGAAGUUGCCAUGAAGUUUCUUAAUUGGGUUGCCCCCAACUUGUGAGGCUGAAGGCUGUUCAAGAUUUCUGGAUGCUAGAAAGUGUCAUUGAGGAGAAGCUGUGGGCAGGACUAGGCAGUCCUGAAGGGUGAGGGGAGGGGGAUGGUGGGAUCAGAGCUCUGCUUGGGUUGGUGAAACUGUUACCUUAAUGAUAUCCUCUACCUUGUAUAACUUGGAGUGCCAUUUUGAAACUUGAAUUCACCCUUGUCAAUUUUAGGGGAUCUCAAGAGAAUAUGGAGAUAAGUAGCUUUUAAAACAGUUACCACCUAUGGCCAGAGUGCUACAUUGGGGUUGACUGCUAGCCCUACUAUACCCAGAAUACUCCUUGAUAAAGAGGUAAUCUCCAUCUAUCAAUGGCAGCACUAUGCAUAUUUUCAACCAGCUGAUUAGCUGAUUGAUCUUCAGUCAGGGAUACCUAAUUGACAUCCAGGAUCCAUCUAAUCCUGUGCUGCACAUAAGGAUGUGGGCUUUACAUCUGUAAAAGUGUACUGGGUGGAUAUACCUAGGAACAGAUAGCCUGUUAACCAUUGGAUUUUUAUUUUUAUUUUUUUUAACAUAAGCAAAUAGACAAAAAUAAAGCUAGAGUGGCCUAAUUUUCCAGGAGAGAGAAUUUUCCCUCCUACCCAAUGAAGGCAGUCCCAAACUACUGGAUAAGUGUGAAAGCAACUUUUGUCUCAUGAAAGCACCCAAUUUUACAGGAAACAAUAAAUAUUGUUUCUAAUUUU